AUACACGCGCACACAUGCACACGCGUGCACAGCAAGACGCUGAUUUGACCCAUAUGCGCAUGCAGGUAGCACAUAAAUAACUAAGAUAAGAUUUGUAUUUCUUUCAUUGCAUUACCAUCCGUGGGAAAGUGGUCUUAAAUCAAUCCUGCUGUAAAGGCAAGUGUGGAGGACAUACUGGGGUCCACUAAAUGCCGCCACCCACUCCUUUCCUUGCACACAAAGCCUGUGCGUAAUUCCACAAAAAAAAGCCAUCCAUCUCUUCCCCUAGCAACUCUGUCCUACAUCACACGGUCUGGUCCGCUCACAAACCUGCACGUCUACCAACACGACCAAAAUACGUGUCUUUUUGUAAAUGCGUUCACAAUUCAAAAGAUAAAAGCCAGGUGGAGAAGCUGCUUCGCCCUACUCACCGUUGGCGCAUUACAGCCUCCACAAAAAAAGGAAAUGGUCGCAUCUUGUGUCGAUGGAUUCUUAUUUAUCUUAUAAAAGAUCCCUCCAGCGACAGCCAGGCUACAACUGGGAGCAUAAACUGGUUCUAAUCUGAGUGGCCAGUGUUUCUCGCCGCUUCCUGGCUGCAUUUGAUCCGAGGGAGAGUUAGAAGCCUUAAAUGUGUUGUGAGGGCACCGAGCUGUCAGACCUUUUGGCGAGUAAGAUUGAUCGCGCACAGGCUUCCAGGACUCUUUGUUUGGUAUAUAAGCAACAAACCGAGAGAGGCCUACCACUUCUCUUCUUCCCCUCUCUUAGUCACCAAGCCAUAUAUUUUUUAAAUGAAAAUACAACAUGUACUGCUUGACGAAAAACAUCCCAAAUAUGUCUCUCACCGAUUAUUCUGGAAGGGCUAUGAAACAAAACACUGCAGGUUAGCGCCAUUCAAUAACAAUAAUAUUUACAUAAUAACACUGCAAAUGGGCUCAUUGUAAAUUGUCGAUUCUAAACUUGAUAGUCUUUGCUUUAUUACAGUUUCAUGUAGAAUUGUUACUGGAAAUACAGUGAGAUGUGUUUCUCAUCAUUGUAGCUAAUCCCAUUAAUGCCUCCCAGUAAACCCUAGAUCUGUUGUUUGUCCACUAUUAACAAUGAAUAUGCAUCCUAAACAUUAGGACAAUAUUUCAAAUAAGAUUACAAUUAUUGCAGACUUUGGUUAUCGAAAAUAGUCACUGUUACCAAUCCUAAAAUACAUACAUCGGGAUUGUUUAGCAUGGUGUUCUUUGUUGUGCACGAACAUGACUUCGUUAUAAAAUCAACCUUUGUGGAAUGAACGAAACACGUAUGUGCUUUAAUAUACAGGCCACAUACAUAGCCCAUAAAACAAUGUUCAUGACUGCACAUGCAUACACUCAUGCGUGUGGGUCUUUUUCUUUUUUUUUGUUCACAAGUUUCUGGACCUGAGCUUUAAAUGUUAAACAGCUGUUAUGGGAUGAAAUGGUCUGGACGUGUCAUAUCCGUCAGUAUUAACUUAAUGGAUGGGCUUUUUAUUGCUACACAUGUCAAUGGGUGCACUGCAUAUUUCAUUAUUAUGCAUCUUUAAAGAAUGACAUCUACUCUGGAGUCCAGUCACAAAACCGACUGGAUUAUUGGGGGUUGUCUCUGUCGACUUCAGUCUCAAUAUCAGUUUUUGGCUUAUGUUAUUUUUUCCACCUCUGAAGUCUGACUCUUGCCUGUAUGAAUAGCCACUGGCGUGAAAUGUGUGUGUGUGUGUGUGUGUGUCUGUGUGCGUCUGUGUGUGUGUCUGUGUGUGUGGUGGGGGGCGUUCUCGACUGACAUCCUCAAACAAUACGAGAAAGAGGAGUGCACGAAUCCGCGCACCCUAUGCUGGUCUCCUUCCCUGUAAUAGUGAGCGUCAGCCAUUCUUAAAAAACACAUUUUGUAGCUUAGUGGACUGGACUGGGAGGGCGAGAGGAGGAUAAACUGAGCGGACAAAGAUGUAAAUAAAAAACAGUCGUCCCCCAGCUGAUCGAGGCGUUCUUCAUCAGCGUUUUUGGAUCAAUCAGGCAGACAGUGGCUCCUUUUGAUUAAACCCCAAAUUGUCAUUGGGCAGAGGUAAUCAUGUGACAGGCAAUUCGGUCCAAUUUCAACCUUGUCUCCAUGAAUUCAAUAGUUUAAUAGUAGCUCGGUCCCCACACGGCCGUAAUCAGUGAUAUAGAAUAAAAACACCACCAGGAUAUUUUUUAAUGACAUUUUUUUUCUCGUCCUCACUGAGCCGCAACAUUUCUAAAAAUACGCGUGCAAACUUUCCUCGGCUCUCAGGGAGCGGAGAUGAAUUACGAAUUCGAGCGAGAGAGCGGUUUUAUCAAUAGUCAGCCGUCGCUUGCUGAGUGCCUGACAUCUUUCCCCCCUGUCGCUGAUUCAUUUCAAAGUUCAUCAAUCAAGAGCUCGACGCUUUCACGCCCGACACUGAUUCCUCCUCCCUUUGAGCAGACCAUUCCUAGCUUGAAUCCGGGCAGCCAUCCGCGGCACGGCCGGCCCAGACACAGCCCCGACGGAUGCAGCUCGCUGCCCACCGCCUCCUUACCCCCGGAGUACCCCUGGAUGCGGGAGAAGAAAGCCUCCAAGAGGAACCACCUGCCAACCUCUACCGCUAUCACCAUAUCCAAUGGACACGAGUGCUUUUCUCCAAAAGGCUCGCCUGAGAUUGUGGAGAGCGGUGGGGGAGGAGGGGGCUCCCGCCGGCUGAGGACAGCGUACACCAACACACAGCUGCUGGAGCUGGAGAAGGAGUUCCACUUCAACAAGUAUCUGUGCCGGCCGAGGAGAGUGGAAAUAGCGGCCCUGCUGGACCUGACGGAGAGGCAGGUCAAAGUGUGGUUUCAAAACCGGCGCAUGAAGCACAAGCGGCAGACCCAGAGCAAGGAGAACCACAACGGGGAAGGGAAAGGGCCGUGCGCCGAGGACGGCAUCCACAGCGACGAGGACGACGAGGGGCCCCUGUACGAGCGGAGCGGGGCCCUGCUGGAGAGAGAUACCUGCUCCUUUCAGAAUAAUUCUCUCGGCUCUUCACAGCAGCUCCACAAUAGCGAGUCCAUGAGCUUUGCUGCUGCGCCGCUGAACAGCAAUGACAAAAAUCUAAAACAUUUCCCCAACCCGUCACCCACUGUUCCGGGAUGCAUGUCAACAAUGGGCCCAGGCUCGGCAUCUGGCCCGGACAAUGGCGACAGUCCCCCGGCCCUGGAUGUUUCUAUACACGAUUUUCAACCUUUCUCCUCGGAUUCCUGCCUACAGCUCUCCGAUGCAGCCUCGCCGAGCUUAUCGGAGUCUCUGGACAGCCCCGUGGACAUUUCUGCGGACAGCUUCUAUUUUUUCUCGGAGUCCCUAACUACAAUCGACUUGCAGCAUCUGAACUAUUAACUGAAAUCAAUCACAAAUGCUUCCUUUGUUUCCUCCUUGGGACAAUAAAUAUCAGGUUGCGAUGCUAUUAACUCAUGCUGUUAUUUGUAUAUUCGGCACAUUUAUUCUAUUGAUAUUUGACUUGACGAUUAAUAAGGUAAGGAUGAAAUGAAAUCACUGAAAUAGCUCUACUCACACGUGGCUUGUAAUUUAAAUAACACAUUUGUUCUCUCGGAAUGGAAAUUAUGAGUGUUUGUGAAUAAUUACACAAUAUUAGGCCUAUGGAACCUGGUCAUUUUAUUUUUGUAUAGCUUCCAAUG